ACUCGGGGCGCCACCCCGCCCGUCCCAGCGCCGGGCCCGGCCAGCGCCAUCUUGAGUGAGGGCGCUCUCUGCCCUCAGCGCGGCCUCGCCCGCCAUAUUUAAUGAGGUCACCCUCCACCACUCAAAAAAAUCCUUAAGGUCCCCAAAAAGCCUAACCCGUACCCUCAGCAAGCUACGAACACCUCGGGAUUCCCUCUGUUUCUCCCCGCAGCCAUCGCGGUCUCUCCCCGCGGCAGGGCCGCUCCGCUCCUCCCCGGGUCAGCUGACGGCGGCGGCGGCGGUCCCGUCAUGGCCGCCCGGAGCGGCGCGGCUGAGGCGCUGGUCCUGCUUCUCCUCUGCUUCGCAGCCCUGGAGGGAGCAGCGGGCUCGGAGCCGCCGCUCAAAUGCGAGGAGCUGCGGCUGGGGCAAUAUAUGUGUGAUGAGCCUAAAAUAGACAAUAGCACACAAGAACCAAUGAAUUGCACAAAUCACACAGCAUAUGUUCAAUGUCUGCCAGCACCAAACAUUACUUGCAGAGAUCACCUUGGCAUAGAGAAAGUCUUUACGGGACAGGAAGUUGGAUUUUACAAGCCCAUUGAGUGUCGCAAUGUAAAUGGAUACUCCUACAAAGUGGCAGUGGCUCUGUCCUUAUUUCUUGGAUGGUUGGGAGCAGAUAGAUUUUAUCUAGGAUAUCCUGCAUUAGGUUUGUUAAAGUUCUGCACUGUAGGGUUUUGUGGAAUUGGGAGCCUAAUUGAUUUCAUACUUAUUUCAAUGCAGAUCGUUGGCCCUUCCGACGGCUCCAGCUACAUCAUCGAUUAUUACGGGGCCAGGCUGACCCGGCUCAGCAUCACCAAUGCAACCUUCAGGAAAAUGCAGACCUACCCCUGACAUCCCUGACUCUGGCAGGGAGUGCCACAAACCCACAGGUGCAGCUGGAUUUUACAGCUGGAGCCACUGGAAUUGCUGAGGAUUUGCUGGUCACCCCUCGUCAGAACGGAAUAUUGAUAGAAAUGCACGGUGAACAAAGAUGAUAAAAUGUGAAAGUUCCUCACGUUUACCUCAAAGGUGGAACUUUGGGGCUGCUCUGUUUCUGGGAGCAGAGGGUUUUGUUGCUGAGUUACAUCAUCUGUGAAACGUGCAGACUGUUGCAAUUUGCACUGAUCUUGUGUCUGUUUCGUUUAAAGUGUUACAGAGAGCUGCAGAGAGAGUUGUUCAUAAUAAAUAUGCAGAUAUUUAUUCCAUUGAAAUUUAUAAGAGUUUUAGCAUGGAUACACAUGGGGCAGUUUGGAAAUUAACUUAAAUAUCCCCAACCACACAAACUGCCUUUUUUUUCCCCCUCCUGUUAAGACCCAAAUCUUAGGCUGGUGUAGCCUGUGAAAUUGUGUUAAUUAAAACAAUUAUUUCUUUAAAUUUUAGUCAAGUUGCAAAAUUUGGUCAAGUUCUGAUCAAUAGUAGAAAUAUGGAUGUGUAAAAAAUAGAACUGUAGACGACAUAUCACAAAAAAAGAAGGGUGGAUGUUGGGGUGCCCUGAGGUUAGAAAAACAAAUAAUUGUAAUGCUUAUUUUGAUUUUUUUUCUUUCCUCUCUUGCAACCAUCCAUAGUGAAAUAAAUACUUUUUUUCUCCUGAAAAUAAA